AUGGCCUCUGGUGUGGCUAUCUCUGCUGGAGUCAUCAAAGUGUUCAAUGACAUGAAGGUGCAUAAGUGCUCAACACCAGAGGAGGUAAAGAAACGCAAGAAGGCGGUGCUCUUCUGCCUGAGGGAAGACAAAGAGAACAUCAUUCUGGAGGAGGGCAAGGAGAUCUUAGUAGGUGACAUGGGCCAGACUGUAGACGACCCCUACGCCACCUUUGUCAAGAUGCUUCUGGACAAAGACUGCCACUACCUCUUCUAUGACACAACUUACGAGACCAAGGAGAGCAAGAAAGAGGACCUGGUGUUUAUCUUCUGGGCCUCUGAGUCUGCAACCCAUAAGAGCAAAAUGAUCUAUGCCAGCUCCAAGGAUGCCAUCAAGAAGAAGCUGACAAGGAUCAAGCAUGAAUUACAAGCAAAUUGCUAUGAGGAGGUCAAGGACUGCUGCACUCUGGCAGAGAAGCUGGGGGGCAGUGCUGCCAUCUCCCUGGAGUCCCCUCCAGUCACCUGCCUGAAGCAUCUGGCAGCCCGAGACCUGCCUGUGGGAAUCGCAGGCUGCCCCCUCCCUGUCAUACCAGAGGGGCUGGGGGGAUUCCAGCAAGGGGAGGGCAAUCCCUUCACCCAGUUGCCAAACAGCCCCCCAACCCCUGGACCUUCUUCUUCCCUUCACCCCCUGACUGUUCCGGCCUUCCCUAACACUUUCAAUCUGAUUUCUCUUGGGCUGAAGCAGAUCAAGUCUCCCUCAGGCAGGCCAGUUUGGGAGGGGCCUGUAUUUUUUUUAACAACACCCCAAUUCCAAUAG